GGUCCUUUUAAUAAAUUUGUUGACUUGAAUUCGAAGUUAACUAUUUUUCGAUAUUUUAGACCCUAAAUAAUCGUUCGUUUAUGGGAGGAAACUCUAGUCACCCCGACGAUGAGAUGGAUUGUCGAGCAAAGGGAUCAUCAGGCAGUAUUCCAUUGAAACCAUUGAGAUUUCAUGAUGUGUACAGUAGUGGCAUUGUGUCACCCAACAAGCUGGUGAUGAGAAGGAUGGAUCAAGGAUGGGGCAUCACAUUCAGCAACAGACCUCUAGAUGUUGAUGAAAUCAUUUGCUUAAAAAUCGUGAUGUUUCAUAAAGGCUUUCUGAGAUUUGGUCUGACCUCACAAGAUCCUUCUCAGCUUGACCCACACUCUUUAGAAAAAUUUAGAUUUGACUCAUCCAAGAGAACAAUUAUAAAAGAAUUAUCAGCGAGUUGUACUCGAAAAGAUACCAUGAUUUUCCUUAAAAUGAAUGCAGCUGGUGAGGUUGUGUACAGCUGGCAAAGAAAUGAAAAAAGCAAAGAUAAGGGUGUGCUCUUCGGAGGCAUCACUUUAGAUGUGCCCUUAUGGGCAGUCUUCGAAAUUUCUGGUAAAAACCUGGCUGUGAAACUGGAAGUGGACAAUAUUCCGUUGAUAAGAACAAAGUCUUUCAAAAAAAUUACUCAUCUUAAAAAAUCUAGGAGUGUGGAAUAUCUACAAUCCUCAAGGAGCAUUUUCAACAUUGAUCCUGCAAACAUAAAUGAAUCAUUCUCAAAAUUACCUUCCAAAAGAAUAAAAACACCUAAAAGUAGCGACAGAUUUCCAAGAGCAAAAUCAUUUAGUAUAUCAUAUCCAGCAGUUUAUGUUCCAAUGGAAGUUAGUGAUGCCGUCUCUCCAGGACCUGAGAAUCACGUCGAAAAUACGGCAAACUUGUUCAACAUUCCAUUAUCCAACAUUGAUUUCCAAACAGAAGAUUUACCAGCUUACAGUUCAAAUGCAGAAAAAGCAAACAAUAAUCCCAACAACAAACUGUCAUCAAAUGAAGAAUGCAAAACAUCCAUGUGCUUCCACCGUUCAGUUGGCAAGAACAUUAGCCUCUCUUCAGAUCAGAUGACGGCCACAAGAACAGUUGGUAACUGCAAUGGUUACAUAUUUACAAGAAGACCAUUGGAAGCUAAUGAAAAGUUUAAAAUUAAGUUGCUUCAAGUCAAUCCUGAAGUAGGAGGAAGUUUGGGAUUUGGAGUGACUGUAUGUGAUCCGUCUCAAGUUUCUCACUUUCCUGACGAUGCUGACCUCUUGUUGGACAGACAAGAAUAUUGGGUUGUCAUAAAAAAUCUGUAUAAAAAUCCAGUAGCAAAUGAUGAAAUAAGUUUCUUGCUAACAAAAACAGGAGAGGUUGUGAUGUUUAAAAAUAACGUGUGUUUAAAAACGAUUGUUCACGUAGACCCCACUUUGUCACUGUGGAUUUUCUUUGAUCUGUGUGGAAGCGUAGAGAAAAUAUCUAGUCAGGGUUAGGCAUACAUUAAAUGUUUUCAAUAUUUUUUUAAAACAAUUUUCAACAACAGUAAUUAAUGUGUGUCUAAUGCUUCUUGGUGGUAAAGAAUAAAUUAAAAUUAAUUUAAUUAAGUGCAAGCUCAAACAAAUUACUAUGGCUUGAACUGGUCCUGUACAAAUAUUUCCAUUUAUUUCAUAUUUUAACAAAUUUAAUCAUUCAGGAUCGAUUAUCUAUAAAAAUGUGCCGAAAGACUUGUUUGAGAGCAGAAAACCGCCUUCCAGGAACCUUGAUAGACAACUAGGCAGGCGAUCAGCUGUGGAAACACCAGCAGCAUCAAUGGCAGUGGCAACAUCAACGACAACAUCCACAACUGCAAUAACACCACCAAACAGGAUGACCAGACUUGACCUAUCAAGACCUUCCCAGGCUUCGAUGUUUAAUGUACAGACUGCAGGACCAUCAACAAGAGCAUCAUCAAAUAUUCUCACAUUAAUGUCUCCAACAUCUCCAUCAACAACAUCAACCAAUCUAUUAACUUCCACAACAACAGCCUCGACAGCAUCAGAAACAUCUU